AUGAUGACCCUGCACCAGCUUACUGUUUCCAGCCUGGAUGUUCAACCUGCCCACUUCAUGUCUUUCAGACGCAGAUUCUCCUCAAUGCCAAGACCCAAUUUCACAGCUGUGACAGAGUUUACCUUUGAAGGCUUUUCCAUUUUUGGGUGGCAGCACAGACUCGUCCUCUUUGUGGUCUUUUUGUUCUUGUACCUGUUGACCCUUGUCAGCAAUGCUAUCAUCUUGACAGUUAUCCACCUCAACCGUCAACUUCACACAGCCAUGUACUUCUUCCUGAGUGUGCUGUCCAUUUCUGAGACUUGUUAUACAGUAGCUAUCAUCCCCCGAAUGCUGUCCAGUCUCCUUAGCCCCCAACGAGUCAUCUCCAUUCCAGACUGUGCGACUCAGCUCUUCUUCUAUCUCACUUUUGGUGUCAACAACUGCUUCCUGCUCACAGCCAUGGGAUAUGAUCGCUAUGUGGCCAUCUGCAGCCCCCUACAGUAUUCAGUCAUCAUGGGCAAGAAGACUUGUAUACAACUGGCAAGUGGAUCCUGGAGCAUUGGCCUGAGCACAGCCAUCCUUCAGGUGUCUUCUGUGUUCAGCCUGCCCUUCUGUGAUGCCCACGUCAUCUCUCACUUCUUUUGUGACAUCCGGCCCCUAAUGAAGCUUGCCUGUGCUGACACUACCAUCAAAGAAUUUAUCACUUUGCUCAUCAGUCUGUGUGUCCUUGUUCUGCCCAUGGUCUUGAUCUUUAUCUCCUAUGUCCUGAUUGUCACCACCAUCCUCAAGAUUGCAUCUACUGAGGGUCGGAAGAAGGCCUUUGCCACUUGUGCCUCACACCUCACAGUGGUCAUUGUCCACUAUGGUUGUACCUCUUUCAUCUACCUAAAACCCAAAUCCCAAAAUUCCCUGCAGGACAGAUUUAUCUCUGUGACCUACACUGUCAUCACCCCCUUACUGAACCCUGUUGUAUACAGCCUGAGGAACAAAGAGGUCAAGGAUGCUUUGCUCAGAGCUUUGGGCAGAAAGCCUCUCUCUUAG